AUGGAUGAAAUCAAGCCCGACUGGACCAGUCUUCCACACCACAUCCUCCUCUUUAUCGCAAGCUUUCUCCCCACACCAUUUGACGUCAGCCGUCUUUCUGCCGUCUCUCGUCUGUUCCGAUACCUACUGCCUCCUCCUCGUCCUGUAAUACUCAAAUUUCCUCGGUCCAUUUUGACAGACACUGACUUUCUCACAGGCACAGACCUCGUUUUCAAUUACCCCAUCAACCCUAAAGAUAAUAUAUACGUCUUCGUCGAGUCUGUGGUUUAUGCCAUCAAGCCCAUUGACAAAGAAGCCUCUCCAACUCCAAUAUGGCUGGUCAAAGUCGAAGAGUCCAAACCAGGAAGAGUGCAAAUCAAGGACCCCCUCACUAAACUUUGGUUUAAAAACCUGCCUAAAAUUUUACCCAAGUCUUUAAACUUGCUCGAUUAUCAGGUUCAGGAAAUAACUCGAUCCUACUCUUUAGUGUCACUUGCUGUCCUGGGAAGUGGCGACGACCCUAAUGGGAUAUACAAAAGACAUGGCUCUUUUCAUAUAAAAGCGGUUUAUACUUCUGAUCUUGAUGAGACCGAUGAUGGGUUUGCUGUCAUGGCGAGGUUUACAGGACCAAUGCUGAGUUUAUGGAGAAACGUGGACAAGAAAUGGAGUCAUAUAAACAUGGGGCUGGCCGUUCCUCAGUAUAUUUGGGAUUUUAUUUAUCAUAAUGAGAAAUUCUAUGCUGUGGCCACUACUGGUUUCACUCUGAUGGUGGAUUCUAAAUCUCUGACUGUUACUACAUUUUUGGACCCUCCUAAGAGUCUGAAACGUUCGUCCAUUCUGUACUUUGUAGAGGCGUCUGGAGAUUUGCUGUUGGUUGCCAGGAGUGACAAAUUUAAGGAUCAGGAGGAUUUUUUAAUGGUAUUUAAGCUUGAUGAGAAGAAAGCUGAGUGGGUCGAGAUGGUGGAUGGAGAGGAGUUGAAGGAGAAGAUAAUAUUUCUGAGCGAUGAUGAGAGUUCAUACUGUGUUUCUGCUAGAGAGCUGCCUGGAUGCAAAGGAAAUUCGGUUUAUUUUGUAGAAAAUAAGCUUGUUUAUUUUAGUGCAAGUCUAGAUGGCUAUCCGAUGAAGGAUGCUUGGGGGGUUUUUAGCUUUGAUGAUGGAAAGAUGGUGAAUCUUAGAGAUUUUCCAGGCUAUUCUAACCCUUUCUGGCCUCCACCAUCUUGGUUGCAGCUUGAAGCAGUGCCUCACAGGAUGAAUACUGGGGACUCUAAAACGCCAAACAAACAUAAUUUGUUCCUCUGUUAUUAG